CAUGUGCAUGGGGUGAGGCAGAGCUCCCCAUGUGCAAGGUGUGAGGCAGCCCCCCAGUGUGCAAAGUGUGAUGCAGGCCCCCCAUGUGCAUGGGGUGAGGCAGAGCUCCCCAUGUGCAAGGUGUGAGGCAGCCCCCCAGUGUGCAAGGCAUGAGGCAGAGCUCCCCCAUGUGCAAGGCACGAGCCAGCCCCUCCCCCCCCAAUUCAAGGCACACACUGGUUUCUGGGGGUGCAGCACUUCACACACGUGUGCGCACGCGCACAGCUCGGUGCACGCCAGCCCGUGCUUCACCAGGGAGGCGCCGGCAGGUCGAGACUUCCGCCAUGACCUGGCUCCUUGGCUACGUCAAAGUGACUGACUGCACCUUCACCGCUGCUGUCCUGUGCAUUUUUUUUAACCCACUUUUCUGGAACGUGGUAGCAAGAUGGGAACACAGAACCAGAGCGCUCAGCAGGGUCUUUGGCUCUCCCUACACUGCGUGCUACUGCCUGGGGUUGAUCAUCCUGCUGCUUAACUUCGUACGGAGCCAUUGUUUCACACAAGCGAUGAAGAGCCAACCAAAGCUGGAAGAUUUGGAUUCCCUUUUUUCCUACUGUGUGGGCUUGGUCCUCCUGGGAAUAGGAACCUUGUUUGUCCUCUCCAGUUUCUUGGCAUUGGGAUUCAUCGGGACUUUCUUAGGUGAUUACUUUGGCAUCCUGAUGGAGGCGAAGGUGACCAGAUUCCCAUUCAAUGUGUUGGACAACCCCAUGUACUGGGGCAGCACAGCCAACUACCUGGGCUGGUCCAUCAUGCACGCAAGUCCAGCUGGCCUCUUGCUGACGGCUCUAGUGGCAAUUUCCUAUGCAGUGGCAAUGCAGUACGAGGGACCUUUCACGGAAGAAAUCUAUCGACAGAAGCAGAAGGCAGCGAAGAGCAAAUAGCGAGAGUUUCUCAGCCCUCUCACUUCAUGAUGUGGUUUCCUGGACCCGCCGAUGUCUGAUCUGCCUGUUUUCCCAUUGAGAUGUAUCCUGCUAAUUAGUCCAACAAUCCCCAGUGAGCACCUUGUGCCAACUCAGUGCACCGCCGCACCUACGCCAACCCGGGAAACGGAAGAAGCCAGAUGACUGCACCCUCCAGUCACGGCCCUGCAGGGGACUUCUCUGGAACUCGGCUUGCCUCUUACAUCUCCUCCUUUUGGCCUGGAUCAAAGGAUGCUGCAACAGUGCAUGAAAAAAGCAGCCAACAAGGAGAAGGCCAUCUCGGAGGGGAAGUACCGUGUGGCACUUUCCCACCUAUCCUGGAACAAAGCAAAACCACUUACUUAGCAGCCAGCAACUCUCCCCCUUCCCAGCCAGCUUUGAGUCCUAACAGACGGGCGAGUGAAGUAGCCCUGGAGAUGCUUAGAAGCACUUGCUUGGAACAGGGGCUCUCUGCUGUUGCCCGGCUGGCGUGCAGCCAUCCCAGGAACCAGGCUGUGAUUUUUGGAGGGCCGUGCAGCUGUGAAGACCUCGGGACUGAACCACUGCCGUGCGCUCCUCAAUCUGGCGCAUCGAAUCCAGGCAUGAGCUGUCACUGCAGCGCUCACUUGAGAAGCUGCCGCCGUCAAGGCUUUGGCAGGCAUCCCAGGUCCUCUCACAAUCCAGUGGCAGCUUUGCAAACAGCCUCGCUAUAAAGGAGUGUGGGACAAAGUCUGGCUCAGACCGUCAGCCUGCAUGAGAGUUCAGCCUCCGUGGAGCAGGUGUUGUGCCCAUGCAGGGGCUGCUUGGCUGGAUUUGAACCUGCAGCCAGGGGAGAAAACUAGCAGGAGAACUGGGAGGCAUGUGCAUAUCCUCAGGGAAUAGGGAGAAAUAGGAUGCCAUGGGACUGAGUGUAUUAGUUGGGAAAAUUGUCCCGGGAUCCUGCACUAGGUAGAGCGGCCGUGAUCUCUGGUGGCGCUGGCAGUCACAACUCUGCCUCCGUCGCUGUGUAACCUGAAGCAUGUAGCUAAGAGCUUGCUCUGCAGAGCCUAGAGCUCAGGUUGAAGCCCCUGAGACAUGCUGGCACUCGCACCUCCAUCCACCCAGCCCUUAAACUGCCACUCAUCAUACUGACCUGACCCUCGCAGGACUCGUGAGGCUCAAUAACUGAAUGCAUGUAACAUGCUUUGUACCCCAGGGCUAGACGGUGUGGUCUCUGGAGCAGGGCACCGUGCCCAUAUGGAAAAGUGUCCACGCAGAGAGAUUUGUGGCCUCUGAGCUGCCUUUUUGUCUCAGGCGCCUGCCCGUCUGUUCCACCACCUGGAUUGUGAAGGGGUGGCAGACGGCAGCUCGGGAACAGCGUUUAUGUGCUGGAACUGCCACACCAGCCAAGAACAAAGGGUGCAGAGAGCCCCAGCCCCCUCCUGCUCCCUGCCCAUACACACACGCAUGCUCUGCUACGUAGCUCCACCAGAUAAACCGGCCCACCUUGCACAGUGCUGCCAAAGUGUGAAGUCCCCAGGGAAACUUCGUAGUUUCCCUCCAGGCUUGCUGUCAUCUGCAGAGGGGGCCUGUGCUCUCGGUCACCUUUCGCCUCAAGCACAGAAUAUCACCGGUGGGUUUGAGCUCUUCAUUUUUGCCCUGCAGCGGUGGGGGUCCUCUUUCGGUUAUUUUCUUGUUUGCCUUUGUGCCAAGGAGACCGCUCCACCAUCCCCAUGACACCAGGGACUGAAUUUCUAGCUGCUGUCUUAUUCAGAGGGUCCCAGGGCUGGAACCCAGUCUGAACAAGGAAAGAUGUCACAGAUAAGAGCUCAAGACUGUAUAGUCAUGGAAAAGAAAGACAAAGGAAUAGGAUAAAUAGCAGCGGGGCUUGUGAUGUGCCUGGAACGAAGCUGGAUAAAGCGAGACAGUGGGAGGUGGGUUUGUCCCCAGCCCAGGCCCUGAUGCGCUGUCAGAAGUUUGCCAGCUCUCUGCAACCUCGCUGUUCCCUUCUCUGCAGCCCGUCUCCCAGGGCUGCUGCAAGUGUUAAGUCAUGUGUGCAACCUCCUGAGUUAGUUUGGUGGAAACCGUUACUAAAGAUCCUAGCACAAGGACCCUCGGCGCUCAGUGUUACUCACCAAACCAGCGUUCUCUCCGAUACAGCCUUGUUCCUUCCCGUCAACUCUAAGCUUUCCCAGGCUAUUCCUGUGCUCCCAUUCCCAGUCAUCUCCAGCAAGACCUUUGAUAAUUGCUCUCAUCCACUCAGUUUCCGCUGCAGUACAUUCCCCUAAGGUCUCUGGUUACUGAAACGCCCCACCUCACUUGGCCUUUUCUUUCUGAACUGGCUCCAGCAUCCCAAAGUCCCGCAGGGAUGGCAGAAAGGAGGGGAGGAACACCGUGUUGCAAACGCGUAUCGUUCUGAAAACACAACGAAGUCCCAGGGACUGUGACCGAAAACUGGCUAAAGAGAGAGCAUUGGCUUCCUGUUGGCCCUGAAGUUUCUGAACCUCGUCUACACCUCUGCGAGACGGUUGGACUUCUUGGCUUUUGCACAUCUGCAGAGUUGCGCAGCUCGCUCUGUAAUUCCCCCCCAACCCCAAAAGAGAAUUAAACCUGGGUUUUUUUAA